AUUAAUUCUAUUGGAAAUGAGCUUGACGAAGUUUAUUAUAACUAUUGGCUUGUUAGCAAGCUCAAUCGACGACUGUCAAGGGAAAAGGGGAUUGAUUAAAGAAUGUAAAGUAUCCGAUGUCGGAUUCGAUUAUCAAGGUAAGGAAUUUCGAAAGACCACUUCCGGUAGAGAUUGCCAAAGAUGGGAUUCUCAGGAACCUCACCCACACGAUUACACAGCUGAAGACUUUCCUGAAUAUAGUCUAAAAGAAGCCAGCAAUUACUGCAGAAAUCCUGAAGAAGAAGAGGACGGCCCGUGGUGCUUUACCCAAGAUCCUGAUGUAGAAUGGGAAAUUUGCAGUGUACCUAAAUGUCAUGAUAAACCCGAAUGCCGUUUUACGGAAAAAGCCGUUGAAUAUAAAGGAUCCCUCUCCAAGAGUUGGGACGGCACUGACUGUCUGUUUUGGAAUGAACUUUCAACCUCAAUUGAGGGAGUUAACGAGAAAGAUAAGAACUUCUGUAGAAAUCCGAAUGGAAUGUGGGAAGGUCCAGGUUGUUAUGUUGCUGAAAAUGUAUGGCGACUAUGUGAAAUUGAGUAUUGUAAACCCGCUACUCAAUGUAAAAGAACUCAGACAGGAGCUGAAUACAGCGGUUCUUUAGCUGUCACUAAAUCUGGCAGACCCUGCCAAAGAUGGGACACGCAAGCUCCGCAUAAUCACUCGUUUAAUAAUCCUGAACAAUUUCCAGAGGAAACCUUAUCAGAAGUUUCCAAUUUUUGUAGAAAUCCCGACAACUCCCCUGAUGGUCCUUGGUGUUUAACCCUAGACCCAGAUAUUAUAAGGGAAUCGUGCCAUAUACCAAUAUGCGAUAAUUGCGCCCCAAAACAACAGCCAAGAGCCUAUUUUGGAAAUAAAAAAACAACUUCAACAGGUAAAGACUGUCGAUUGUGGAGUUUGCAUUAUAACGAAUCCGAAUCGACAAGAUUUCCCGACAGUAGUGUUAAAUCGGCAGAAAAUUUCUGUAGAAAUCCAACAAAUAACGGUAACGGUCCAUGGUGUUUCAUUGAUGCCGAUGGGUCAACUGAAAGCUGUAACAUUAAUACAUGCAAAAGUAGCGCUGUAGUUAAACAUAUACUACAUAUUGGGCUGGAUGGAUUUAAGCUGGACUGCGUUCCACCCACCAAAUAUCCCAAUCUUAAUAAUUUGAAAAAAACAGCAUCUUGGACUUACACUAAAGCUAGAACAACAAUUCUGGCAUCCUCAGCACCUGGUUGGUCGGAAGCCUUGUGUGGAAUGUCACCAGAGAGGACAGGUAUAUUAUACAAUGCAUGGCUUCCACCAUGGCAGGGUAUGAUUACUUCGAUUCCAGUGACUCCAACCUCUGGAGCAGAUUAUCCAAUACCGUGCGCAUUUAGGGUUCUUCGUGAACACGACGAAUAUAUUCAAACUGGCGCUUUGUACGGUUGGGAAUGGAUAAAGAAUAUUGCAGGCACAGGUAUGCCUGGAACAAUGCAUAAAGAUGAAUUCUGCAAGCCUCAAGGUAUCAUAUGCGACAGAAAUAUCACAGAAACUCUCAAAGAGUAUAUACCGGAAAUAGUUAAAGCAUCUGAAAGGAGCUAUACUUUUGCUCAUCUAGAUAGUCUUGACGGUGCUGGUCAUAGUCAUUCCUGGUGUUCAGACCAAUAUUUUGAUGCUAUUGAAGAAAUAGAUAAACUUGUUGGAGAAUUACUCUCCAUUCUGUCGGACGAAGUUCUUCUCAUAAUUAACUCUGAUCACGGUGGGGUAGGUACUGAUCACGGUAAUUAUUUUGAUGAUACAAUCCAAGUUCCGCUCUUCUUCCGUGGACCUGGAAUCAAACGAGAUUACGAAAUGAAGGCUUCAGCCAGAAAUCGAGACAUUUUACCAACAGUAGCCCAUUUAUUGGGUAUUCAAGCUAACCCUCAUUGGGAUGGUCGUUUAUUGAAGGAAAUAUUAGACUUGUAA